UCGGCCUGCUAUUGGUUAACGGGGUUGAGGGGCGGGGCCUAUACGGAUCAUGCGCAGAGCGGAAACGUGGAUGCGGAUACCGCUGCUCAACCAUGGGUGCUCCGGGCGGAAAAAUCAACCGGCCGCGAACGGAGCUGAAGAAGAAGCUGUUCAAGCGACGGCGUGUGCUGAGCAGGGAGCGGCGACUGAGGCACCGUGUGGUCGGAGCCGUGAUAGACGAAGGGCUGAUCACAAGGCACCACCUCAAGAAGCGGGCGUCCAGUGCACGUGCCAACAUUACUCUAUCCGGGAAGAAGCGCAGAAAACUCCUCCAGCAGAUCCGACUUGCCCAGAAAGAAAAAGCAGCAAUGGAAGUGGAAGCCCCCUACAAGCCAGCCAGGACUAGUAAUUCACAGCCAAAAUUGAAAAAGAAGCCAAAGCCCCCCAGGAUGUAGACAUGGAGGACCUCGAAAAUCAGAGCUAAAUUUCACACCCCUCGCACCAGAAGAUUCUCAGCUGGAGCCAGGAGGAGACUCGAUGGUUGUUUCAAAGGACUUGGGAGAAAGCGUUGCUCCUUUUCACUCUCCCCAGAUUCCUCUUCCCUGAUGGCUUAGUGACCUGACCUGGAGGGAUGUAUGGAGAGGGAAAGAGUGGAAAAGAAAGAUUGGAGAGGGGGGCUUCCUGAUGAGUCCACUCCAUUUGUAAUAAAGCCCUAGAGUUCUCACCGAGAUGCCUGUGAUUGAAUGUAGGAAGAGGGAUGGGCCAUGAGAAGGGGCUGUGAGUGAGGAAACAAGACAAUUGGGUAGCAGCUCUCUCUCUCUCUUUUUUUUUUUUUUUUUUUUUUUUUUUGGUCUUUUUUUGCCUUUUCUAGGGCCGCUCCCAUGGUAUGUGAAGGUUCCCAGGCUAAUAGGGGUCAAAUCGGAGCUGUAGCCACCAGCCUACACCAGAGCCACAGCAACGCGGGAUCCGAGCCGCGUCUGCGACCUACACCACAGCUCACGGCAACGCCAGAUCCUUAACCCGCUUAGCAAGGCCAGGGACCGAACCUGCAACCUCAUGGUUCCUAGUCAGAUUCAUUAACCACUGUGUCACGAUGAGAACUCCAGUAACAGCUCAUUUGAGCAAAGGCAGCAAGAAGCCAGCCUCCCUCCAUGAUGGCCUUUUCUCCCUAGUGAGUGACCUGCCAGCUUUCCAUUUCUGACAAAAAUAAGGAUUAUUGUAGAGGUGGCCAAGGAGGUAAGGGUCCUGAUACUAGCCCUGCCACCUCCCGCGUGUGAGCAGGGUGGGCAGCUGACUGCAUUUGUCUCUGCUUCCUUUGCUGGACAUUAUUCUUAAUAAAGUGAACAUUAUUUUUCCCUUUGAA